UCAGCCGCGGGUGUCCCUGCGAGCUGCGCUCCCGAGGAUCCCGGGCUUCUGCUCGAAGUGGAAGAUGCACUUGCUCGAUUGCAACCCAGAGGUGGAUGAUCUGAAACAUCUGCUGGAGAUUGGGACUUCGGUCAAUGCACCCCCAGAUCCCCACCAGCAGUCGCCAGUCCACUUAGCCGCAGGCGGGGGUCUCGCUUGCUUCAUCCUCUGGCAGCUGCAAAUGGGCGCUGACCUCAAUCAACAGGAUGCCUUUGGAGAAGCCCCACUACACAAGGCAGCAAAAGCUGGAAGCCUGGAAUGCCUUAGCCUGCUUGUAGCUGGUGAUGCCCAAAUUAAUUUAUGUAAUAAGAAUGGGCAAACUGCUGAAGAUCUUGCUUGGUCGUAUGGAUUUCCGGAAUGUGCCAAGUUUCUUACAAUAAUCAAAUGUAUGCAGACAAUAAAAUCAAGUGAGCGAGAUCACUGUGUUCCAGUUCUUAGGCAGAAACGCAGUUUGGGAAGUGCAGAAAAUAUGAAUGGGAAAAGGAAGUGUUGAUGGCUUGAUGGUUUAUGAGGAGAUCUGAAGAGAGUCUUCACUUCCUGCAGAUUACUGCUAAACUACAAACUCAGGCUUUUGGCUUGCUAAGAGUAUCUAAUGCCUUCUAAGAAGGAGAAAAACUUUCUUCUAAGUGAAGAUAACAUUUAAAAAUUCAUGUGUUUACAUGCUUACAUUUUGGUUGUACAAGCUUUGUCUUUUAAGUUAUUAAAGGAAUAUCUAAAAAUAUUUUUUGUCUGUGCAACAUUGAUAAAAUAAUAAAU